AUGCCGGGUGGCCCCGAGCUGCUGUCCCCAGGGUCCCUCUGUGGGGAGGGGGUGCUGGGACCCUGUGAUGGGUCGUGGAUCAACUGGUGCUCCUACACGGUGACACGGACAGUGUCGUGCCAUGUCCAGAAUGGCACCUUCCUCCAGCGGGUCUUCCAGGGCUGCAGGGAUGGGUCUGAACACACUGCCCCGCUCUGUGCCAGCAGCUACCGCACCGUCGUCCGGCCCAUCUAUAGGGUGACCUACAAGACACUGACAGCGCUGGAAUGGAGGUGCUGCCCUGGGCACACCGGGGCCAACUGCGAGGAAGAGGCUCACGCCUUCCUUGCCCUGCGGGACGCUGGGCGCCCCAGCACCACACCACGCCGGCUCCCCCUGCGCCCCACAGCUUUCUCAGGGUGCCUGAAUUGCAGCCGCGUUGGGGAGCUGACAGCCCGGCUUGCCACCCUCGAGGCGCAGGUGGCCCGGCUGUCAGCGGCCGAACCCCCCACCUCCCCAGCACCCAGAGGCAGCGCUCCGGGCAGGGGGCAGGAGCCUGGGCAGCUCUGGGGGUCCCCGGCUGCCCGUGGGAGCCCCGGGGAUAAUGGUAAGCAGGGGCCCCCCGGCCCCUCUGGCCCCAAGGGAGACGCAGGAGGACGGGGACCGUCAGGCACUCCCGGGGUGAAGGGUCCAACGGGGCCACCAGGUCCUCCCGGCCCCCCAGGACCGCCUGGACGGGAUGGAGCCAGGGGGCUCCCUGGAGAGAAGGGAUUACCCGGGCCCCCUGGCCCCCCAGGCCCCCCCGCUCCUGUGGGACCAGCGAUACCCCGCAUAGCUGAGCCCAGGGCCCCGCUCCUCUCCAACACCUUCACCGAAGCUGCCGGGGAUAUCGUGGGUCCUGCCGGACCCCCCGGACCUGUGGGGCCGAUGGGCCCCCCUGGCCCCCCUGGUCCCAUUGGGCCCCCUGGCCCCCCAGGACCCGAUGGUAGAGCAGGGGCACCCGGAGCUGCCGGCCCCCCCGGGGAGAAGGGAGACAGGGGUCCCCAGGGCCACCCGGGCAGCCAUGGCCAGGACGGGGCACAGGGCGAGCCGGGCCCCAGGGGCGAGCCGGGCGAGAAGGGCACUUGGGGGGAGGGUUUGCACCAGCUCCGCGAGGCGCUGAAGAUUUUAGCAGAGAGGGUUUUAAUCUUGGAAACAAUGAUUGGGCUCUACGGUGAGUAG